AUGGAGUACAAGCAAACAGGCAAGCGCAAGAACCGACUCAAUGAUGAAGAUACAGCAGCUCCACGACCGCGUGCAGUGCGUCAACGACCAGGACUAGAAGAGUCAAGCGCGCCGGAAAACAACUCGUCACGCCAAGAAGAAGACGAAGAAACGAAGGAUUCUGGUGAUUCAACACCGCCUGUGUUUUGGCGUGCGAGUGCAAAUGCCGUUGAAGCAGCAGUGGACUUAUCAGAACCCUCAACAUUUGAAGCAGCAGUAAGCGGCCCUGACCAAGUGCACUGGAGAAAAGCAAUUCAUGCAGAGCUCGAGUCAAUGCGACUUCGCGGUGUGUUUCGUGCAGCCAAGCUGCCCAACGGACAACGCGCCAUUGGCACAAAAUGGGUGUUCAAGAUGAUGUCACAAGCGCUGAUCGUUGAGUCGUCCGAAGCCAGUAGAGUCCAUCCACGAGAUCCGCUGUCGCCACCACUUGCUGUGAGUUCUUGA